ACGAAUACCCCAUCCAGUACCUAAAACUUUCGGUGGAAUUUUUCUUACCAAUUUUUCAAAACAAAAUAUCCAAAGGUUUGGUUUUUGCAAAUACGGGAAGAGAUGGGGCUUAACUUUAGGGAUAAAGCAUGGGUUUUUCUGUGGAUUCUUUGUUGUUCAUCGUUGAUUUGUUCGGUCAAAGCAACAGUAACUUACGAUCGUAAAACUGUGAUCAUCAAUGGUCAGAGAAGGAUCCUUCUAUCUGGCUCCAUUCACUACCCAAGAAGCACACCUGAGAUGUGGCCUGAUCUUAUACAGAAGGCCAAAGAAGGAGGCCUGGAUGUAAUACAGACUUAUGUUUUCUGGAAUGGGCAUGAACCUUCUCCUGGACAAUAUUAUUUUGAGGAUAGAUAUGAUCUGGUUAAGUUCAUCAAGCUGGUACAACAAGCUGGUCUCUACGUUCAUCUCAGAAUUGGUCCUUACGUUUGUGCUGAGUGGAACUUUGGAGGGUUUCCUGUCUGGCUCAAAUAUGUUUCCGGUAUGGCUUUUAGGACUGACAAUGAACCUUUCAAGGCUGCAAUGCAAAAAUUCACUGAGAAGAUUGUGGGAAUGAUGAAACAAGAAAAUUUGUUUGAGACUCAAGGAGGACCCAUCAUUCUGUCACAGGUAGAGAAUGAGUAUGGACCAGUAGAGUGGGAGAUAGGAGCACCAGGGAAGGCAUACACAAAAUGGGCAGCUCAAAUGGCAGAAGGGCUCUCUACAGGCGUCCCAUGGAUUAUGUGCAAGCAAGAUGAAGAUGUUCCUGAUUCGAUUAUAAACACAUGCAAUGGUUUUUAUUGUGAGGGUUUUAAACCAAAGUCGGAUAACAAGCCGAAGAUGUGGACCGAGAACUGGACUAGUUGGUUGACCGAGUUUGGAGGUGCGGUACCGUAUAGACCAGCCGAAGACAUCGCCUUCUCUGUGGCUCGCUUCAUACACAACGGUGGCUCCUUCAUGAAUUACUAUAUGUAUCAUGGAGGAACAAACUUCGACAGAACAGCCGGUCAAUUCAUCGCUACUAGCUAUGAUUACGACGCUCCACUUGAUGAAUAUGGAUUACCGAGAGAACCUAAGUAUAGUCACUUGACAAAGUUACAUAAGGUGAUCAAGCUCUGUGAGCCAGCACUGGUCUCUGUUGAUCCCACAGUCACAUGGCUAGGCGACAAACUAGAAGCUCAUGUGUACAAGUCCAAGUCAUCCUGCGCUGCUUUUCUCUCAAACUACAACAAUAUUUCUGCCGCAAGAGUCUCGUUCGGGGGAUCAACAUAUGAUCUACCUCCUUGGUCUAUCAGUAUUCUACCUGAUUGCAAAACCGAGUACUACAACACUGCAAAGGUACAGGUCCGUACACCAAGCAUACACAUGAAGAUGGUUCCCACAAACACACAAUUAUCUUGGGGAUCAUACAACGAAGAGAUUCCUUCUCCAUACGACAGUAACAAUGGUACGUUUGCCAAAGAAGGGCUUGUGGAACAGAUAAGCAUGACCAGAGACAAGACAGACUAUCUCUGGUAUCUAGCAGACGUUGCGAUCAGUGCUGAUGAGAAGUUCUUGAAGACUGGUGAAGACCCUCUUCUUAGUAUUGACUCAGCUGGUCAUGCUCUUAGUGUAUUUGUUAAUGGACAGCUUGCAGGAACUGCUUACGGAUCACUGGAGAACCCAAAGCUAACAUUUAGUCAGAAGAUAAAACUACAUGCAGGAGUCAACAAACUUGCCCUGUUGAGUAUAGCAGCUGGUCUCCCGAAUGUUGGUGUUCAUUAUGAGACUUGGAAUAUUGGGAUUCUUGGCCCAGUCACACUCAAGGGAGUUAACUCCGGAACAUGGGACAUGUCUAAGUGGAAAUGGUCCUACAAGAUUGGUACCAAGGGUGAGGCUCUGAGCAUUCAUACAGUAACCGGGAGUUCCACCGUGGAGUGGAAAGAAGGAACAUUGUUGGCGAAGAAACAACCCUUGACCUGGUACAAGACUACUUUUGACAUGCCAUCAGAGAGUGAACCAUUGGCUUUGGACAUGAACACGAUGGGGAAAGGCCAAAUUUGGAUAAACGGGAAGAACAUAGGACGACACUGGCCUGCAUAUACAGCUCGCGGGAAAUGCGAACGCUGCAGCUAUGCUGGAACUUUCACCGAGAAGAAAUGUUUGAGUAACUGUGGGGAAGCUUCCCAAAGAUGGUACCAUGUGCCUCGUUCGUGGCUGAAACCAUCUGCAAACCUUAUAGUUGUACUCGAGGAGUGGGGUGGUGACCCCAAUGGGAUCUCCCUUGUAACAAGAACAGGCAAAAAAUAGUUUCUGACUCCAUUUUUAUAGGAUGAAAAGCUGUUUGUUUGUGCCUAUGUUUUAAGUUUUUCACACAUAUUAAGAAAAACAUAAAAUUGUAGUUACCAAAGCAUUGUUUUUUUUAAUGAACUAUUUUCUAUA